AUGUUGCGGCGUUUGAAAGCGCAAGUCAGCCAGGUGGCAAACGACUUGCCCGGAGUGCUUUCGCCUGGAGCCGGCCGUGAUUCCCGUGAUGGAACUCCAUUUUUCCCGAAUUCUGAUACAAAUCAGAACGAAGUGGAUGAUGAAAUUGAAGGGUUCCUCUGUCCUAUAUGUAUGACUACGUUCAACUCUCCUGAAUUGCUAUCGGGACACUUCGAGGAGGCACAUAACAAAGAGAACUCUUUGAUACCGAAUCCAAACUUUGAGAAUUCAAUACCGCUUCAUUCUCCAGGAACCAAUUCAACUGCAUCGUUUCCCUCAAAAGACAAAGAAAUAGAAGAGUUACGUAUUCAAGUGAACGAAGAGCACAUUUAUGCCGAGAAGCUAAAGUCAGUUGUUGCACAAGCAACAGAUGUUCCCCAAGGAGAAGUACCAUAUUUGAUGCAACAAAUUCAAGUGCUUGAAGCCGGCAAGAGUAUGGUUCGAUCUUUCAUUGGUAGAGCAGAAGAUUCAGACCAUAAACAUCCUUAUGCGAUCAGUUUCGGUUACUGUGGCAUUUCAGUAACACAGCGGAUGCUCGAAUUUGAGAAGGAGAAUGGCCAGCUGAAGAGAUUUGCUGAAAACGGUCAACAAGAAAGGGCAGAAAUCAUGGCUAAACUCAAGCAGCUCAGUGCACAAAUUCGUACGUUGACAGAUGAAAAUGAAAGCAAUAAGGUCGAAAAGGAGGUCCUGAAAAAAGAAGUAGCUGUAUUUCGAUUCGACAAUGAGAAGCUGGAGAAGGAAAUAGAUGUCCUGAAUAAGGCGUUGAAUCAAAGACCUAGUGAAGAUGAUGUUGCUGUGCUGCGAACUGAAUUAGUUCAUGCUCAAAAACUGAUGGAUGAAAUAUCGCAACACAAAGACGUUGAGAUCAGCGAACACCUCAAUUCUAUUCGGCUGUUGAACAUGGAGAGGGAAAAGUCUUCCGAAUUGGUUCGAUCUCUGACUUCUGAGCUUGAGGAUACUCGUCAAAUUCUUCUCACAUGUCAGAAAGAUUUGGAAGAUGCGAAAAGUGAUUCUUCGCAGAAAGGCAAACGGAUUGAGGAACUACAUGGAAAGGUGGAAGCGAACUUAGCCGAACUCGCCUCGUGCCGUGAGAAAAUCGCUCAGCUAGAAGAAACUGUGCGGGUCAGCGCUCGUGAAAUUGAUGAUUCUCACGCAAUGAAUGAGAGCAACCUGAAAAAGUUGACGCAACUGAGCGAUAAGUUGGAGCAGGUGAUAGAAGAGAAGAAACGGUAUGAAACAGAAAUGUCCAACUUUGAAGAGAAGAAUGAUUUGCAGUCGAAUAGCAUAAGAAGUAAUUCGAUUAUCACCUCUAAAGAUCAAGAACUAUUCUCGUUGCGUGAAGAUCUUGUUAGAGCCCAGACCGAAUUAGAGAAGCUAAUGAGCCAAUGUGAAACAAGAGCGGCUGAAUCUGAAACAUUAGCGAAGCAGUUAUUGACUCUGCAGGAAAAUUCGAGAGAACUGGUUAAUAAGAUUUCGCAAGGUGAGGAUGGGUCGAAGAUGGCUAUUGAGCAGUUGAAAGAAGAAAAUCGGAAACUUCAAGAAGAAAUCAACCAGCUCACGACGUCGUUCAAGGAAGAAAAGGAAGGCUUAGUGGUCAAAGUCACGGAGCUCGAGAAGCAGCACCGAGAAGAGAAGAAAGUUGUCGAGGAGAAACUGAAGAAAAUCGAGCAUCAAAAGGAAACACUUGAGCGACGCUUGAGAGAAGCCGAAGAUGAUGUCAAUCGAAAGGCGGAACGUUUCGUUGAGAUGGAGAAAGAGAUCGAAGAUGACCGACGGCUGGCGAGCGAGCGAAUACAAAAGCUCAAAGACAUCAUCCUUGCAAAAGAUGCAAACGUCUCAGAGGCACGCAAACAAAUAGAAGAGUUGUCCAGUCAACUAUCCGAUAGAAACCGUCUUCUUCGCGAAAAAGAACAUCAAAUUGAAGAAAGUCGUCGGAAAAUAGAAGAGUCGGUCAACCAUUUAGCAGAAGCUGAAGCGAAAGCUAGGAAAUUGGAGGCGGAGUUGUCUCAGAGCGAGGCUCGACGGUUGGCUGUGACGGACUCUGAAUCUGAUUUGCGUUCUCAGCUCGAUGAUAAAGAAGCUCUCAUACUGUCCUUCAAACAGCAAGUGGAGAAGCUAACGGCCGAAUUAGCUUCCAAAGAGCAAGCCCUGCGAGAUGCCGUAACCGAAGCU